AUGCUUAUCACACUAAAUUGUUUGGUUGUUAGUGAAGAUCCAUAUGAAAAUGCUUUUAAUGUUGAUAUUGAUUUCAGUAAAACUAUUGAUCAUCUUAGAAAAAUAAUCAAGGAGAGAAUCAACGUCCCCAAUAAUGUUAAAGCAAAGGACCUCAAGUUAUGGAUGGUAGACAUCCCUUUCGAUGAAAAAAAUGACAAAAUGGACAUCCUCAGCACCAAGUCAAAACCAAAUAUCAAAGUUGAUCUUAAUGCCCGUAGAAUCAAAAGAAGUUUAUUGUAUUGCAACCUACGGACGCAAAAUGGAAAAUUUUCAAUGGAUUAUAACUCAGAAUAUGGUUAUAUUAUCUGGAUUAAAAGCACAUAUUUUACAUUUCUUGAUGGUACCGAAGAGGAACACAUCGUUAUAAAUUGUGUAUUGGGAGAGAGAAAGAAACAAAAUACCAUGCAUUUAUUUGUAGACGAAGAUUUAGUAAGCAUUGUCUGGACUAAUAGUUUCAAAGAUGACCUAACAAUCGAUGUUGAUACGUGUGAUUCACAACAACCAUUUAGUUCUUGGACAUUUGCAAAAAUAAAGGAUAUAUUCAGUUUGAAAACGGAUAGCUAUGAUGAACUACCUCAAUUUGAUGGAGGAAUUGUAAUAACACCAGAAGAUAUUAGGAAUGACGUGAUUUCAGAUAUUCUGAGAAAGCAUAAGGUAUCUCUGCCAAUUACUAGCACUAACGAAGCUACCCAUUGCGAGUUUAUCUCAACAAUUAUCUACAGCAUCGUAUCAAUUUAUGGUGGGACCGUUAAAGUUUAUCCACAAUACGAAAUAUCUGGGAGGCACAGAAAAGGACCUGUCGAUUGGGCAAUAAAAGUAGGAGACACCAUAAUCACUAUCACUGAAGCAAAACGAGAAGACAUAAACCAGGGCAUUGCACAAAAUACGUAUAAUGAGGCUAUCUAUGAAGAAGUAAUAUAUGAGAUCGUAUCAAUGGGAGUCGAUUGGGUCAUUAUAAAGGUCGUUUCGAGCGGUAAUGGUUCUAAUAACAGUCAUAAUGGAAAUAAUGGGAAAGGGAAUGUUGAAGUUUUUUUGAGUUCGCUGUCACCAUCUGUUCUUCCUAUCAAUCUGUCAACAUUAACGCGUGAGGAUCUUGUAGAACUAAUUAAGAAUCUGUUUUUGCAAAUUAAGUGGAUCCUUAAUCAACAGAUCAGUUCAAAGGAUUUGUAA